CGCUGGCAGAGGAGGCAGCCCGGGAGCUGACAGAAGGGAGGAAAUUCCCCUGGAACCUGUUUCUCAGCUUCCUGGCCCAGCUGGGGCUCCCACGGGAGGGAGAGGCCGGGCAGAAGACCCGGGCCACCAUGGCCUCGGCCCUGAGCCCACCCCGGCUCCCCAGGCCCAAGCCCAAGGGUGCCCUGCCCUCACACUACCAUGAGAGCUUUCUGGAGAAGAAGGGACCUCGCGACCAGCAUUACAGGAAGUUCUGGGCAGGCCUCCGGGGUCUCACCCUCUAUUUCUACAACAGCAAUCGGGACUCCCAGCACGUGGAGAAGCUAGACCUGGGAGCCUUCGUGAAGAUCACAGAUGAGGCUCCCCAGGGGAGCGCCCGAGAUCCCGGCACCCACUUUAGCUUGGUCCUCCGCAACCAGGAGAUCAAGUUCAAGGUGGAGAGCCUGGAGUCCAGGGAGAUGUGGAAAGGCUUCAUCCUCACGGUGGUGGAGCUCCGUGUCCCGUCCAGUCUGACCCUGCUGCCCGGACACCUGUACAUGAUGGCCGAGGCCCUGGCCAAAGAGGAGGCGCGCCGCGCGGUCGAGAUGCCCUCGUGCUUCCUGAAGGUGAACCGGCUGGAGGCGCAGCUGCUCCUGGAGCGCUACCCCGAGUGCGGGAACCUGCUGCUGCGGCCCAGCGGAGACGGCGGGGGCGGAGUGUCCGUCACCACGCGCCAGAUGCUCAACGGGAUGCCGGUGGUCCGGCACUACAAAGUGAAGCACCAGGGUCCCAAGUACGUGAUCGACGUGGAGGAGCCGUUCUCCUGCGCCUCGCUCGACGCGGUGGUCGACUAUUUCGUGUCCAACACCAAGAAGGCGCUGGUGCCCUUCCUGCUGGACGAGGACUACGAGAAGGUGCUAGGUCCUGCACCCCCUGAGCAGCCGCCUCCUGUGUCCGUCAAGCCGGUGUCCAGCCAGGACGAGCUGCCCCCGCUGCCGAACCAGGACGAGAACUACGUGAUCCCCAUUGGCGAUGCCCCGGCGGCCAACUACGUGAACGAGGACGUGCUUCCUCCUAGUCGCCCAGUCAUCCUGAAGCCCAAGAGGUUGGCAAAGGUCCAGGGGAAGCCCCCAAAGCCACCCGUUGGGCCCAAGCCAGAGCCCAAAGGCCUCGACGGUGGCCUGGCCAGGAAGCUAGCAGGCUCAGCGCAGGCUCUCUUCCCCACAACCGGGUUGGGAGAUGUGACAGCAGAGCUGGAAGAGAAGUUGCGGAGGCGGCGGGCGCUGGAACUCGCGGCUGGACGUGCGGGGGAGCAGCGGGCCCACCUCGGAGCACAGCACGUCAGUCCGCCGGAUCCCUCCUCCCAGAAUUAA